AAGCAUCAUGGGACAGUCCUGCUCGGAAAGUCCUUGCAGGUUCGAGUUUGACGUGAGGAUGUUUGUUUGUUUGUUUGAAUGUUGAUGUUUAGCGACUCGCAGCCAUAGACUAUCUAUGUCGGAACAUAAACAUAAAUACUGAACUUUAAGGAAGGCGUUCUGCUGAUUGGCCCCACAGCGCCCCCCUCAGGUCGGCAAACUUUUGCUCUACUUACUUCCUGGUUCGUCUGAAUCGGAUCCGACUGUUGUCUUUGGACUUUAAAGGUUUGAGUUUCGGUUCCUUUUGUGGGUAUCGGGGGUCCAGCCGCAUCCGGGUUCAGCCCGCAGGAGGAGCCGAAUCGGUUCCGGGCCCGAUGGAUUUUACGUAGUUGAAGGCUGAAACCCGGCUCCGAUCCUUUAGAGUCAUUUAGGCCCGGACAGUCAGAACCAGAAUCGCUGUCGCCUUCAAAUUAAAGUGCCUUAAAAACAGAACUGUGCGUGUGCUUAAAAGCAGGCUAAUCCGGAUUAAACUCGUAUUUAAAAGUGGAUCAGAUUCAGUUUAAAAUCAUAAAUCUGAUUUCCAUUCUGAGAUUAAUGUGAACCCAAAUCGAUUUUAAUAGUCUGACUUAGUUUUAAUGGUAAAAUGCGAUAUUGAGGGUUUAAAGGUUGAAUUUCAGGUGUUAUUAUAUCAGAUGAAAUUUAUUCUGGUUUUAUCAAUGAAGUCCCGCUGGAAUAAAACCAGUCUUGAUUUACUUUAGCUGAAGAGAAACUUCUAAAUGUAGACGGACAUAUACGUCUUCUGUCCUGGACCGAGGUCAUUGUAGUCCCAUAAACACGACUGAACUCUGGGACACUUUAGAUUCAUUUCAAGUAAAAAUAGAUUUAGUUUUAAGUCGUUUUAGCUCAAAGUAAAGAAGAAGAAUAAUAAAAAACGGCGCUUUGCGUUAAGUCUUUUGGUUUAUCAAAGUGGACUCGGGUUGGAUAAAUGAUCGAUGGGCUGUCAUUGGCUUUUACUAACAAAAACCCCAGAUGAUGUGUAGGCUUUCCCCGCACUGCAGCGUCUUUGUCGUGGCCUUUAAUCUCAGGUUUGGUUCCAGGACUGAAGGCUGAACGUUAUGGCAGAGUUGCAACCAUCACCAAACACGCUGUGUUGCUGCCGUAAAGCCCUCCCAGCCUCCAGAGGGCGCUGUGCCGGAGACUCCAGCCAGUCUUCAGACAGCCUGGGAAACAUUCCUUGGCCUACAACAAACCACACUUUGGUAGAUGUGGCCUCAGCAUCCAAUUUCUGUUGCUUCCACCUGCAGCACUUCCACCUGGACCUGCGUUUGAACUUUGCCAUGAAGGAGAUGAAUGGUUGGCUGAUGCUGGACCUGGUCCCUGUCCAGCCAGAUGUGCACACCCUGGUCCUGGAUUGCCACUCCUCCCUCCUCAUCCACUACGUAGACUGUAAAGUGCUGGAGGCCGGACAGAACGAGCCCAUCCUCCUGUCCUACCGAGUCGACCCGUUCACAGACUACGGCUCAUCACUGAACAUCAACCUGCCAGCAGUAGCAUCAAAGCCAGGCAGGACAGUUCAGAUCACAGUCCGCUACACCACCACCGAUGGGCCAGCGAUCUGGUGGCUGGACUCGGAGCUGACCUGCAGUCAGUCUCAUCCUCUGGUCUUCACUCAAGGUCACUCGGUGUGUAACCGCUCCUUCUUCCCCUGCUUCGACACGCCUGCUGUCAAGAGCACAUACACCGCCACAGUCAGAGUUCCAGAUGGUCUGACAGUACUGAUGAGUGCAUCUCAUAGUUCUUACUCCAAACAAGACAGAAUAUUCCAGUUUUCCAUGGCGUUUCCUGUGCCAUCCUAUUUGGUGGCCUUGGUGGCCGGAGAACUUCAGCACGUCGAUGUUGGCCCUCGAAGCCGAGUUUGGGCAGAGUCUUGUCUGUUGUCAUGCGUGGUGAAGAGCCUUGGGGGCAGUGUGGAACGCUGGUUGGCAGUGGCUGAGGAGCUGUUUGGCCCAUACCUGUGGGGCAGGUGUGACAUUGUGUUCCUACCUCCUUCCUUCCCCAUCGUUGCCAUGGAGAAUCCAUGCCUGACCUUCAUCAUUGCCUCCAUCCUGGAGAGCAGUGAGUUUCUUCUGAUUGACAUCAUUCAUGAGAUUGCACAUAGCUGGUUUGGCAACGCCGUCACCAACGCGACCUGGGAAGAGAUGUGGCUGAGCGAAGGACUAGCCACCUAUGCACAGCGUAGGAUCACCACUGAAGCCUGCGGUGUGGCGUUCACCUGCCUGGAAACCGUGGUGCGAAUGGACGCCCUCCACAGACAGCUGCGUCUCCUCGGAGACAACAGUCCUGUCAGCAAACUGCAGGUCAAGUUUGACCAAGGAGUAAAUCCCAGCACUCUUAUGAACCUCUUCACUUAUGAGAAGGGUUUCUGCUUCGUCUCGUACCUCUCUCAACUCUGUGGAGACGUCCAGCGCUUCGAUGUAUUCCUCAGGGACUUCAUUUCAGAGUUUAAGUUCAGAAGUGUGACUGCUCAGGACCUCAUUGACUUUUUUCUCGGUUACUUCCCUGAGCUGAAAGAAGCCGCUGUCGCCCACAGAGAAGGUCUGGAGUUUGACCGCUGGCUAAACGGGUCCGGUCCGCCCCUUUAUGAGCCGGACCUGUCAGCAGGCAGUGUUCUGAUCACACCUGUCCAGGAUUUGUGUGCGCUGUGGGGGGGGAACCAGCCCCCUGACCUUCAGGUUGUGUCGACUUUUGACCUUUCAACCUGGAGCACCUUCCAGACUGUUCUCUUCCUUGACCGAAUGCUGGACAGCUGUCCCCUAGUUCACGGUGUUAUGGCAAGUCUCUCUGGCUGUUACUCAACUCUGUUUGGUGGACUGAAUGCAGAGGUUCAAAUCCGCUGGCUGCAGCUGGUUAUCCGAAACUCCUUCUACCCCGAACUUCCCCAAGUCCGUGCCUUUCUCCACAAACACACAUCCAGGAUGUACACGGUGCCACUUUAUGAGGACCUGGUUGCUGGUGUGAUGAAGUGUGUUGCCGUGGAGAUCUUCCACCAGACACAGUGCCGACUCCAUCCUAAUCUCAGACAGACAUUACAGCAGAUCCUCUUCCAAAGCAGUUCAGUGGCCACCAAUGAGAUAAGCUGCUCGCUCUCCACUGUACCUCCUCCUGCCACAUCCUCGCCUCAGCCGGACACUGGUACAACCUCCCCGUCACCCUGCGCCAUGGCAACAUCUCCACCUGAACUCAGCUGCAGACAGUUAACAGAAAUCUACACUUGUGACUAGUUGUGGGCUCUUUGCAACGUCCAGUUAAAAUGGCUGCUGCAGACUAUGACCAGCUGACACCUUGGUGUGAUCAAUGGUUCCCCAUCAAGACAAAUCCUCCAAAGCAACUGGACAAAGCAGGUUUUCGCCAGUGUGGUGCUGAUCUGGUGCUUCUCAGUCCAGAACCUGGUCACUUAGAGAACUGAACCAGGUUUCAACCAACCACAAUGUGCUUUUACCAGAUUUUUGAGAAAUUUUGGUCAAAAUAACCAGAUGGGAUCAGUAACCAGGACUGAACAUAUUGUCAGGUUGACCAACUCAGCAACUUGUGGAGAGAUUUUUGAAUAUCAAGAUUCACACCAGCACCUGACUUUAUGAAACAAGGUUCACUUCUUCACAAGUGAAGCCUCUCUUUGAAUCUUUGCCCUUAGUUUUUAUGCAGAUCCACUCGGCAGUAUUGUUGUGGUGGUAACAGUAACAUCAGGUAUUUGGGUACUGCGUUCACAUGAUGUGUCAGUCAUGAUUUCAUCAUUUCAAAGCUGUUUGAGUAAAAAUUGCCACCAGCUUGGUUUCUAGCACAGGUUUGUUCAGAGUUCAGUGAUAUUCUUCGGAAUGUAGACACAAUGACAGCGUUAUGUGACAACUGGCUUCCAGUAGUCAUGACGACAGAUUCCACCCCACACACACACACACACACACACACACACACACACACACACACACACACACACACACACACACACACACACACACACACACAUUACCAUAACCUUUGUCUCUUGUAACGUUCAAAGUGGCUCUUCCUGUACAUGAUGAGAUCGGUGGUAGUGGG